CCGUUGAAGUUACUUGCCAUCCUAAGUCCUCACUUCUGGAACCACGGUCCCACGGAUACGUUAUUGGCGACGAGGAUCACUUCUACUUCUGAACUCUAACCUGUGAGUGCACGUGUGUUUUGAAUCAACGAUGGCAAAUCCACCACCGGUUGUCCUUCAUGAGCAAGCGGCGUUAGCUCCGCUAUUCAACAGUCUCUCAACGUUUGAUCCUGCCACGAUGCAACUUUCCACGUGGUUGGAGAUGUUCGACGAAUUUUGUUACGUAAACAACGUUCAACGGGAACCGGCUGGCGUUGCGCCCGGUCAAGCAGGACCGCGCAACCAGAGAAGAGCUCUGUUUCUUUCGUAUCUGGGACCCCAAGCUUAUGAAGCCCUACGUGCGGCGUGUCUAGCUAGUCAUCCGACUUGUCUACCGAACACUAAGAGCAUCCCCCAGUUGACAGCCUUACUGAAAGAGAGAUUCGAACCUGUGGGGUUGAUUCAAGCAAACCAAUACAUCUUUGACUGCAGGGAUCAGAAAGAGAACGAAUCGAUUGCUGAAUAUGCUGCUGCCCUACAGGUACUUGCUGUGCCUUGCCAGUUUGGCGAAUAUCGUGAUCGAGCCUUGCGGGACCGGUUCGUCAAGGGGCUGAAGUGCCAUUCUACAAGGAAAGAGUUGCUGGGCACCAGGAACUUGACCUUUGAAGCAGCCAAGACCAUAGCUUCCAACAAUGAGGCCGUAGAUGCCCACGCUCGCCGGAUCACCAACGUACACAGAGUAACAGCUCAAUACCAACAACGAAAUCAACAAGGAAGUGUGGAAAAACGGGACACAUAGCCAAAGCGUGUAAGUCCCGCAACCAGAACCAGAGGAACUUCAAUCAAAACAACCAGAACCAGAGGAACUUCAAUCAGAACCAACAGAGCCAGAGGAACUUCAAUCAGAGAUUCAAGCCGAAGCGCAACGUGAACCAGCUCCAGACCAACGAGAAUCCACCCAAGAAAGAACAGUGGUCGGAGCAAGCUGAAGCCAUCAACCUAAUCCAUGGUAUGUUCCCUGGCUCCAGUGAUUUUGCCGAAUUCUAGUCAGAACUUGUCAGUGAGAAAAAUGAAAACUGUGAUACCUUACCGUGAUCAAGCAUGUGUGAUAUUGCUUUUAUGGCUAGCCAAGUGUGUGAUGAAUGAAUGUAAGCGCUUACUUUUAACUGUGUGUGAUUGUGUUGUGUGUGUGUAUGUGUUCUUAAUUAAUUAUAAAUUCAAAGCUAAAGUGCAUGUAAUUAUAUCAUUAGGGCAAAUUAGAUUUUCGCCACCCCUAGUUAUUAGUUUAAUUAUCAAUGGCAAAAGCAUCAAUUUUGAAGUAGAUUCUGGCGCAGGCGCCACGGUGAUGAAUCUCACCAAGUUUCAAGAGGCAUUUUCUAAUAUCAAACUUAACAAGUCACCUGUAGUUCUUAAUUCUCUCUCAGGUCCAAUUAAAAAUUCAGGGCAAACCCCAGUUCAUGUAGCGUACAAUGGCAAUGACCAUGUACUCAAUUUAAUAGUUUGUGAUACUAAUCAUGAUUUCACUCCCUUAUUAGGACGUGAUUGGCUUGAUACCUUAGUGCCAGAUUGGCGAACUAAACUCAAAAAUCAUGCAACAAAAAUUUCUUCUUUAAAUCAAUUGUCUCCGCCUUCCUUGGAUCAACUAAUGAAAUUGUUCCCCAGAGUCUUUGAUCAAAAGGCCGACACCUGUAUCGAAGGGUUCGAAGCCCGCCUUGUUCUCAAGCCCAAUGCCAGACCAGUGUUUGCCAAAGCUUAUUCCCUUGCCUAUGGUCUCAUUGAACCUGUUAACAAAGUGCUAGACAAAAUGGUAGAAGAUGGAAAGGCUGUUCGUGUUAGGCAAGCUGAGUGGGCAUCCCCAGGGUUAGCCGUUGCAAAAAAAGACGGUGGAGUGCGUUACUGCGCUGACUUUAAGCGCACGCUUAAUCCACAACUUAGAGUAGAUUAUUAUCCCUUGCCCGCUCCUGAAGCGGUGUUCUCUAGCUUGGCCAAUGGUGCCUAUUUCACUAGCUUAGACCUGACAGAUGCUUACACCCAACUUGCCCUACAUCCUGAUUCACAAGAUCUUUGUAUACUUAAUACUCAUAGAGGCUUAUAUAAGUUAAAAAGGCUAAUUUAUGGAGUCGCCAGCGCGGCUGCAAUUUUCCAGUCCACAAUGGACUCCAUACUUCUAGAAAUAGAAGGUGUAAUUUGCUAUUUAGACAACAUUUUGAUUGUUGGCAAAGACUUAGCGCAUUGUAUCUCCCAGACAUAUUUAGUUCUAUCUCGGUUGGAGAAACAUAAUGUGCGACUGCGUCUAGACAAAUGUUUGUGGUUUGUGCAAGAGUUAGAAUUCCUAGGCUUUAAAAUCUCAAGUUCAGGCAGAUCGCCCUCCCCUUCUCUGUUGCAAGACAUUCUUAAGGCUAAACCUCCUACUGAUGUAAAGCAAUUACGCUCAUUUCUAGGUUUAAUCAAUUUCUACCUUGAAUUCCUACCCAUGUUCAGCACACUAGCAAAGCCUUUAAGAAAAUUAACUGAGUUGGAUGUACCCUUUGAGUGGUCUGAAGAGUGUAACUCAGCCUUUGAGAAUUGUAAGAAAUUGCUCCAAAAUUCUAAUCUUCUUAUGCAUUUUGAUCCAAAAUUGCCCAUUGUAGUCUGUAGUGAUGCUUCACCUGUCGGUGUUGGUGCGGUUUUAGCACAUGUGGUUACCAUCAAUGGAAAGAAAGUAGAAAGACCUGUAAUGUUCGCAUCAGCCACCCUAUCUAAAACUCAACAAAACUACGCUCAGGUAGACCGAGAGGGUUUGGCUGUAAUCUUUGCUCUUACUAGAUUCUAUAAGUUCUUAUGGGGUAGACCAUUUACAAUUGCAACUGACAAUAGUGCCAUUCAAAGAAUUCUGCAUCAUGAAAAAGGCCUUCCCACCAGAACAGGCCACAGGCUCCAACACUGGGCAAUGCUGCUCCAGGGUUAUUCAUACAAAAUUGAGCAUAGGAAAUCCCAUCUAAUGUCUGUACCUGAUUGUCUCUCUAGAUUACCAUGUGACAUCAUCAUCAAUUAUGUAUCAUCUAUUAUUAAGACCCCUAUCACUGUUGAGCAAGUAGCACAAUCCACUCUUAAAGACCCCAUGCUUGUAACUGUUUUCAAGGCAACCUUCCAUGGUUGGCCUUCAAAAAACCCCUUUAAGCAAAGUGAAUUGUUAACUGCCUUCUUCAAAGAACGUGAUGCCCUCUCAAUUGAACAAAAUUGUCUCAUGUUUGGUAAUAGAGUUGUGAUUCCUGAGGCACUACAAGGAAAUGUAUUACAAAUUCUCCAUACUGGUCACCCUGGUAUAGUCAGGACCAAAUCUCUUGCAAGGUCCAUGGUGUGGUGGCCAUCAUUGAAUGAAGACAUUGAAAAAUUGUGUAAAAAUUGUUAUCCAUGUUUAAAAGUCAACUUCAAAGUUCAGAGUACCUUCAUCCCCUGGCCAGAGACGAAGUACCCCUUUGAACGUGUGCACAUAGAUUUUUUCUCUAUCAAAAGAGUUACUUUUUUCAUUUAUUGUGAUUCAUUUAGUAAAUGGUUGCACAUCGAGAGAAUGGAUGUUACCACUGCUCCCUUAGUAAACGAGGUCUUAUUUAACAUAUUCGCAUUUUGGGGUUCGUUACCUUCUGCCAUAGUUUCAGAUAACGGUCCUCCAUUUGAUUCUCUACUGUUCCGAGAGUUUCUAACUAGAUUCAACAUUGUACUUAAGCAUUCACCCGUCUACCACCCCGCCUCGAAUUCUUUUGCUGAGAGGGGAGUGGGAGUUGCAAAGAGAGCUCUGGAAAAGUUGUUGGAAGAUUUAAAAUUGAACCAUCCUGAAUUGUGCACUGACUCUAAUCCCCUGAUCAAGGAUAGAGUCAAUUCAUUUCUGUUUCAUCAUCGUAAUACCCCUUCUAGUCAAACGGGAAAGAGUCCUAAUGAAAUCUUGUUAACUUUUAGACCUAGAACAAUUCUAUCUCAGUGUAAUCCCAAAUUAAGAUCUUCUUUAGCUCACCCAAAUUCGUUUGCAAAGUUUGAGCCCCAGGACAAAGUCUUUGUCAAGUUUCCUGGUAAACCCACAGUUGAUGGUCUUAUCUGUAGAAAAACUGGUCCUGUUACCUUUGAUGUACUUAUUGGAGGAAGAGUUGUCAAUGUUCACGGAAAUUAUCUUGAAAGAAGAAUGUGAAGUAGUUUAAAAAUGUGUUUGUGUAUGUAGUGUUAUGACUUGUUGUCACCAAAGAGAUCUCUUGUAAAUUGUUGUGAUUUGUGUAAUUAAAAUCCCUCCACCUUGUUUAUAUUUAGUGGGGAGUGGAUGUCGUGUCCGCCAGAUGGCGUUGUGUAAGGCACUGC